UCCCGAUAACCACCCGUGUGGCCGGUCGCGCGCCACAGCGCCGUUGCGCAAAUCCGGAGACACACACAAUUGCUAGGAACCAAGGUUAACAAUUCCUGCGCAAAAUCCCGUGGCCAGAGUCAGCCUACCACAUGACAAACGCGGCAAAUCAGACGGUUCCAGCCGGGAUGCGCCCCUAAAUUCCGCGAGACGAAAGCGCCUCGCGGCGCCACCAUGCCCAUCGCCUCCGUUUUGCUCUCACCGUGCUGGCCCGAGCCACCACCCACCACCCACCAGAGAGAGAGCAUUGCGAGCGAAGCCGCGCCCCCUCCCUGAUCGUCACCGCUGCCUAUAUAUCUGUCCUGGUACAGCAGGUGCGCCCGCCGCUACGCACAACACAAAGGCAGCAGAAACGAGCGAGGCGACGGCGACCGGCUUCUGCUGUGUGUCGUCCAUUCCAUCCUUCUUCCCGCCUUCUUUCCGGAAACGACGACAGCCCAAGUAACGCCUCGCCUCGCCUCCUCCAUCCAUCCUUCCUCUUCCUCGUCUGCCUCGCAUUUCCAUAGUCGUCCAAGCGGCCAGCCACCGAAUCGGGGGCGUUCAUCAGGCGGUCGCAGCACAGCAUGGCGGGCAGAAGGUGGCGGCUGGAUGCUGCUAUGAUCUUGGGGCUCCUGCACGGCGCCUUCCUCUUCCAAUUGGCAACGUCGCAGUCGUUCAUCGGGGUAAACUACGGGACGAUCGCCGACAACCUCCCGCCAGCGGCGUCGACGGCGAGCCUGCUCACGUCGACGUCCAUCGGCAAGCUCCGGCUCUACGAGCCGCAGCCGGACCUCGUCGCGGCGCUCGCUGGGUCCAACAUCUCCAUCCUCCUGGGCGUGCCCAACUCCGACGUCCCGAGCCUCGCCGCCUCCCCGGCAGCCGCGGCGUCGUGGGCCGCCGCGAACAUCCCCACCACGGUGUCCGUCUCGGCCAUCUCCGUCGGCAACGAGCUGCUCAACUCCGGGGACCCGACGCUGGGCCCGCAGCUCCUCCCCGCCAUGCAGAACCUCCUCGCCGCGCUCCCCGCCGGCUCGACCACCAAGGUGUCGACGGUGCACUCGAUGGCGGUGCUGGCGUCGUCGGACCCGCCGUCCUCGGGGGCGUUCCACCCGGACCUCGCCGGCGGCCUGGACCCGGUGCUGGACUUCCUGCGGCAGAACGGCGGGCCGUUCAUGGUCAACCCGUACCCGUACUUCGCGUACGCGUCGGACACGCGGGACGAGACGCUGGCCUUCUGCCUGUUCCAGCCCAACCCGGGCCGCGUGGACGCCGCGUCGGGGCUCACCUACAUGAACAUGUUCGACGCGCAGCUCGACGCCGUCCGGGCGGCGCUGGACGGCAAGGGGUGCGCCGGCGUGGACAUCGUGGUCGCCGAGACCGGGUGGCCGUACAAGGGGGACGCCGGCGAGGCCGGCGCCAGGGCGUACAACGGCAACCUCGUGGCGCACCUCAGGUCGCAGGUGGGCACGCCGAGGACGCCCGGCAAGUCGGUGGACACCUACAUCUUCGCGCUCUACGACGAGGACCUCAAGCCCGGGCCCGUGUCGGAGCGGUCGUUCGGGCUGUACCAGGCCGACCUCACCGCCAACUACGACAUCGGGCUGGCCAAAGGCAGCGCCGCUCCCAGCACGUCAGGCCAGAUCGGCGUCACCGCGGCUCCGGCGCAGGGUGCGCCGCAGGGCGGGAGGGGGAUAACGCCGGCGGGGUUCUGUGUGACGACGGGCAGCGUGCCGGGGAACACGCAGCCGCAGCAGCAGAGCAGCUCGUGCUACGUACCGGGAACAGCAGCAUCGCCAAGAGCUGACGCCGGCGUGCUGCUGCUUGUCUUGUUUGGUGUUUUGCUGGGCCUGGCAAUGGUGGCCCCAAGUAGGUAGAUGACUGUAUAGAUAGUCAUUUUCUGAAUGAAAACUCCUAUGACUUUUGGAACGCA